ACCGUCGGGAAACCCACCCACCAUUUCACUAAACAAACAAAUUUAUCAUCUUUCUGCCGCCGCAUCUCUCUCUCCCUCUCAUUUAUUUCCGUCGCUAAAUUAACAAAACCAGCCUUACUAAUAAAAAAAUAAUAAUAAUGAGAUGGGAAGAAUUGGAAGGCGAUUCUACUAAUCACAAUAGCAACCAAGAAGCAGCAGAAGAAGAAUAUAAUAAUAAUGAUACGUCUUAUCUCAAUUUCGAUUACCUCUCUCUCAUUUCUAAACCCAAGGAUUACUAUCGAAUAUUAGAGGUGGAUUAUGAAGCUACUGAUGAUGAAAUUCGUUCCAAUUUUAUUCGUUUAGCUCUGAAAUGGCAUCCAGAUAAGCAAAAAGGAGGAGAGGAUAGUGCCACAUCUAAGUUUCAAGAAAUCAAUGAAGCUUACCAAGUUCUGAGUGAUCCUAUUCGCAAAGAAGAGUAUGACAAGAAAGGAAUGCUAUAUCUUUACGAUUACAACAUUGUUGAUUACCUUAACCGUUACAAGGGCCUCAUCUUAACAUGCAACGGCCUUGGGAUGAAGACCUCCAUCUUAUGAGACAGGGGCUUGGUACAUAUGGUUACACCCUUGAGGCAGUCGAUCUGCUGGCGGUGCAGGUGCACUAGUCAUGGAUAUGCAGUUUUAGAUUGAUUAUUGCUGCAACUAUGAUGUAAAGCUUUGUAUCACUGCUGUCAACUUUGUAUUAUGGUUAAAAGCUCAACACCCUUUUCCACAUAUGCCUUAUCUAGAGUAGGAAUUGGCAAAUACAAAUGUUACAGUAAUACUUAGGAUUUGUUGAAAGAUUGCUCUGGGAAAGGAUUUACCUUGUAUGUGAGUUGGUGUUUGAUUGCCUGUGCAUACUUUUCAUUUUA